AUGAGAAACAUUGAGGAGCUCGAUCUUGACGAACUCAUCGCGUCUUUGCAAAACUAUGAGCUAUCACUGUCUAGGUGGAAGAAAACCAAGAAACAAAAGGAGGUGGUGAAAGAAAAGUCAGAUGCUGGCAUUGCACUUAUUCACCAAGAAAACAAGAAACUUGUUCUGGCAGAUUUGAAUGGCAUUACAGAUGAAACGGUUGCCUUGUUAACAAGAAACUAUGCAAAAUUCUUGAAAAAGAACUACAGGAAAAAUUCACUAGCUGACAAAGAAAAUCUUCUCAAGAGAAACAAAGGAGCUGAGUGCGCCAACACACUAAAAAAGAAAAAGGCCCUUGCAGCAACUUGGAGUGAUAGUGAUGAGGAAAAGAACUCCACAGCCAGUGAAGGAUCAGAUGAGGAAAAGCAGGUACUGGCAUUCAUGGCCGAAAGCUGUAAUCCAGUUGAGUCUGAAGAUGAUGCAGUCUCCACCUCAUCAGAAGCAGACAACACAGGUCGUCAACAUGCUUAUGAAGAAAUGUUUGCACAAUGGGAGUACAUGACUAAACAGAUCCGUGCCCUAAAGAACUCUCUAGAGCAAGUGGAGACUGAAAAAGGAAAGUUAGAAGACACUGUCAAAAAUCUCAACCGACUUCUUGAUGAAAAGGAGAAUGAGAUCUAUAAACUCAUAGCUGAUCUAAUUCGAACCAAGCAAGCUUUACAGUUCAUUCCCCCAGGCACUGCUGCUAUCAAUCAAACCCUACAGCUUCAGAAGCCCUAUGGUGAUCGAACUUCCUUAGGAUAUAAGAUGCUAUAUAAACAAGGGAAAGACCUGUCCGUUGAGCAUUCUUUACCCUCCAAUGUCAAUUCAUCAAAGAAUGAAGAUGGGUUACCUGACACCUCAAUCACCAUUAACGAAUCUGACUCAUCUGAGAGGAGACAGGUUCCAACUGGACCCAUCAAACUCAAGUUUGAAGGAAGGAGGACUGAUGCUGACAACCUUCUACAGAAUGACAAUUUCAUUCCUACAUGUCAUUUCUGUAAUAGGAGAGGUCAGUGGUACUUCGACAGUGGAUGUUCGCGUCACAUGACUGGAAAUAAGAAAUUGCUAGUUAACUUCAAAGAUGAAAAAGGGGGAUCUGUCACUUUUUGGGAUGGUAACAAAGGGCAGAUUGCUGGGAGAGGUGAUGUGAAUGUGAAUGGAGCAGCUCAACUGACUAAUGUCCUAUAUGUGAGAGGACUCAAAGAAAAUCUCAUCAGCAUCGGCCAAUUGUGUGACGACAAUCUCUCUGUAAGUUUCACUAAAACUCAAUGUUUAGUUUCAUCUGAUGGGUGUGUUGUCUUAACAGGAAACAAAACUGUAGACCAGUGCUAUGCUGUAUGCAAUACCAUAGUGUGCAACAGGACCUUCUUGGACAAACCUGACUUAUGGCACUACAGGCUGGGACAUUUGAACUACAGAGAUCUCCAAAGAUUGGUGAAGCUUCAAGCUGUAAGGGGAAUUCCUGACAUGAAAGUUUCUAAGGAGAGAAAUGAAAGUAUCAGUGGGAAAAGAUAUGUAAUGGUCUUGGUGGAUGACUACUCUCGGUUUACCUGGGUUGAAUUUCUUAGAGACAAGUCUGACACAUUUGGAUCAUUCUCUGCCUUGAUACUGAGAUUGCAAACUGAGAAAGACUCCAAAGUUGGAACAGUCUUUAGACUGCGAAGUGACCAUGGAAAAGAGUUCGAAAAUUCCAUAUUCUCAGAGUUCUGUAAUGGCAUGGGAAUUCAUCAUGAGUUUUCAGCCCCCAAAACUCCUUAG